CAACUCGGGACUGCAACAGAUUGACACAAAAUCAGGGAACUAUCAGCAGCAUACACGGCAUAGAUAGGGACGGGAGGGAGUGUCUGUCGAAGAGGAGGGAGCACUGAUGAGCUACUCUCUAGGACUGCUUCUAUUUACGAGGAUAUAGUUGCUUAGGUAAGCAGGAACGCGAAAUAUCAGCACGUGUCUGUUGUAGAUAGCUACAGUCUACAGAUGAGAGUGUCUGGGCAGUAGAUGUAUAGAUGAGCAGAGAGUGCUGCUGAGUACUAGCUAUGAAAGAGAGAGUGCUGAUUCUCCCUGUAUUGCUCUGUCCCUGCUCUGGACUGGGGCAGCAACAACGAGCCAUGCCAUACCCAAAGACCAGCAGGAUAAAGCAGGACACUGUGCAGUCAGAGCAGGACACAGCAGGACACUGCACAGUCAGAGCAGAACAGUCUUCGCUUCUCUGCACUGACACCGUAUCCCUUGCACAUCCUUGCACAGACUCGCUCCCCUCCAGACAGUGCACAGACUGGCACACCUCAUACACUGCACAGACUUGCACACAGACACACACACACACACUCUCUCUUGAACCAGCUCCCAUCCUCUCUCUCUCUCUUCAUCAACCACACACUCUCUGUCUGUCUAUCAUCAAUAUGCAUCUGCCUUUGCUACUCACAUCCUUCGCUGCACUUGCUCUCCUCGCCCUCGCUGCACCACAACCGCACACGCAGCAGCAGGUCCACACACACAAACGCCGCCAGCUCUUCCUCUCAGACAUCCAGAAACUCUACCAAGAUGCCAUCCUCGCCCAGCUUGCUUCCACAACCACAGACGCCUCUCAGACAAGUGCUACGCCUGCUAGUGCACACGUCGCCCUCGCACUCUCAGAGACAAGUGCGCUGCCCACGCAAGGUCCUGCUGUCGCUACACACACAACGCCUGAACGUCUCGAUUCUGCUGGACUCGGUGCACAAGGUGAAGCACAGACAACCACACAGCAGCACGACAAACUCGUGACGAUCUUCGCAGUUGUAUCGUGCGUCUUGCUGGUCAUCUUGCUCUCAUGCAUCGCUGCGCUUGUCUUGCUCUAUAGACGCUACACUGCCUUGAUGGCAUCCACACCAAAUCAGCAGACAGGCACGCAUCCAGCAGUGCUGCUUCCCAACAAGGAAGAAAAGGAUGCAUUGAUGAGCUACAAGGCGUUUUGGGAGCGAAAGAGACGCAGUGCAAUGAGCUCCGUGAGUGAGGAAGCGAGGAGUAAGGAAGCACCAGCAGUAGCACGUCGCGGGAGCAGUGAUUCGCAGGCGUCUUCAUCGACGGCUGGACCGUUGCCUGUGUAUGCUGUCUCUGAGCCUGUUGUCAUCCCGGACAUCCAGGUACAUGAUGAGCGAUUGGCACCGAGUGCUCCUCGUUACUAGCAUCAUCUUCCUUUCUGUUGUAGCUCUUCCCAUGACUUAUCCUCUCUUCUGUUCCUGAAUCUCAAAAU